UUGCAUUAGGUCAUUGCAGUCAAUGUUGUAAAUCCAUAGCAGUUGUGGAUUUUUAUAUGAUUUUUAAAUGAGUGCGAUAAAGUUCCUUGAUUUGCAGAGAGGUGGACUAUAGAGUAUAAAAAUCAAGUGAAUACACAGACAGGCACAUUACAUCAAUCCACUGUAAAAUGCAAAGAGAAGCAAAGAAAUAAAACAUAAUAUAUUAAAAAAUCUACAUUAAUAAGUUAAUCUUAUUAUUUAUUGAUAUACUGUAGGCCUAAUAAAAUGAGCAGCAGAUCAAGUUUCUUAAUCCUCACUGCAUGCAAUAUAAAACGCACCAUAACAAUAAUCAUGUCUGUUAUCCUGAAACUGAGAUGUACUUUAACAAAAGUCAUUUUUGGUUUUCCGUGUUUUAAGGUAACUGCAUUCAAACAAUACAAAAAUCGUCUGUGGAUUAAUGGAAUGAGUUCAUUCAGUGAAUUAUUGGAAAUUGUUGACGGAACUAGGAAUGAAGUCUCACCAGCUCCAUCAGAGCCGUGGAUGAGCAGAUGAGCAGCGGUGUCUCGGUGUACAGUCAGUGCGUGUCUCCCUGCCGGCCUUCAUAGACCUGCUGUAUUUCUUAGUAUUGACGUGUUGUUAGCAGAUGGAACAGGAGGGCUGAUCUCUGCCUCCAGAGGUCAUUCUCACUACAGUUGCCACUUGUUGCCAAAAGCAGCUCGGGGCUCUACCAUUCAACACCAAACACAAUCCAAGUAUUUGCUCAGCCACCUAUCGAGACUUCAUAUAUGGAUGUUGAAUGCGGACCGUUGCCAGGACUGAAAGAAGACUCUUGUGAUUUGUUUGAUAACAUUUCCGCGCGUCUGACGGAGAGAAGCAUGGUUGAUAAUACAAGUAUAGCAACUAAAUCUGCUUUGCAAGGAUCUUUCUCGUCCGCCGGCAGCCUUCCCCUCCAGGCUCCCUCCGCCUCCUCCCACAGCCCGUUCCCCGGCACCCUGUCCCACCAGACCGGCAGCGGUGGGAUGAAGCUCGAGGCGGUCAUGGAGAACCUGCAGCGGCAACAGGCAGCGCGGCUGGCUCUGGAGGAGAAGCUCCGGCAGGCGGAGAAAGAGAAAGACCUGCGGUCCAUGGUGGAGUCCCAGAUACACCAACAAGCUCUGGCUUUCCGCCACUACCAAGCGGCGAUGCGUGGCGCCCUCGCUGCCGGAGUUGCCAGCUCCUCUCCGGGGUUAACGCUCCCUCACAUGGAGGUCCGCAGGGUCGACGACGAUGGGAACUCCUCCAGACCGGGCAACGAUAAGGAGCGGAACGAGGAGGGAGAUUACACGGAGGAGCAGGAGAUCCUGAAUGAAGAGGAGGAGGACGAGGACGACGUUGAGGUGAAACACUACCAGCACCGGCAAUCCUCGGUCCAGGGAGCUUGUCUGUCUCCGAAGGGCGCCCCGAUGCAUCUCAUGGCCAGAGUCCCGGCGGCCUUCGCCCCGGCCCGUCGUUCAGAGUCUCCAUCGGCGCAACCUCAGUCCCAGCACCACGAGUGGACCUAUGAGGAACAGUUCAAACAGUUGUAUGAACUGGAUGAUGAUGAAAAGCGCAAAGAAUUUCUUGAUGACCUUUUUAGUUUCAUGCAGAAACGGGGGACUCCAGUGAAUCGGAUUCCUAUCAUGGCCAAGCAGGUGUUGGAUCUCUACAUGCUCUACAAGCUCGUCACAGAAAAAGGCGGCUUAGUGGAAGUCAUCAAUAAGAAAAUAUGGCGUGAGAUCACCAAAGGCCUUAACCUUCCUACCUCUAUUACCAGUGCAGCUUUCACUCUCCGAACACAGUAUAUGAAGUACCUCUACCCAUAUGAAUGUGAAAAGCGGGGACUAAGCUCCCCUGGCGAGCUUCAGGCAGCUAUUGACAGCAACCGGCGGGAAGGCCGUCGGCAGAGCUAUGGCUCUGCCAUCUUCAACUAUUCUCCUGUGGGCACCCCCACCCUCCUGUCCUCACCAAAGAUACAGAUGACCCACCUACCUACACUAACUCACAACAGUGGCCAUAUCUCCCAGGUGCCUGUGAUCAAGAAAGAGGAGUCUAUGAUGGCCAACUGCCUGCCCAGCCGGGUCACCCUCCCCAUGUCACCCAGUGGCCAUCAUGCAGCAGCUGUGGCUGCUCAGGCAGCAGCAGCCGUGCAGGUGGCAGCUCUGGAGCAGCUCAGAGAGAAACUGGAAAGCGGUGAACCACCAGAGAAGAAGAUGAUGAUGAUGGCAGAGGAGCAGCAGAGGAUCAUGCAGCAUGCCCUGCAGCAGAACCUGCUGGCAAUGGCCACCCAGCUGCCCCUCAACAUCAAACUCAACAAUAGAGAUGAUAGACAAGAGACCGCAUUGAACCUGUCUACCAACGGCAUUAGCAGCAUCAACAUGUCAAUAGAAAUAAAUGGAGUUGUCUACACAGGUGUCCUGUUUGCUCGACAGUCAGCCAUUGCAGGGAUGACGGGACGCCGUGGGAAACACAGCAACUCUCAGACUCAGGGAAAGACCAGUCCCACACAGUUCCAGCCCUCCUGCUCCUCUUCCUCAUCCUCCUCCUCUUCCUCACUCCAUGGACACAGGAACUCCUCACCCUGAGUUCCCUGCCCUCCUCCCACUCCACCAGGGAUGAGGUCCGUUCUCUUCUCAGAGACAACAAGUAGCUGGAGACAUGAUCAUCAGACAAACUCCAGGAGCUUUUGAAGGUGGCUUUCCCUCCACCCACUCACCCACAUUACUUGUAGGUCACCCAACAGAUUGAAAAGCAGCAAACUUGUAUUUACAAAUACUUUGACAAGAGAUCUGCCUGCCCCCUUCAUUCCCACUCCUCCUGCUCUGAAUUAGUAGUGUGUGUCGAGGGCAUUUGACCUUUGUGUGUUGCCAUCUUUCAUGAACUCUAAGACAUCUGUUCAAUGUGGAACAGUUCAAAAGCAUGGUUGCCCACCAACUCAAGGGGUAACCUGGAUGAAGCCAAAUGAAGACUCCCUCUUGCGCACCAUUGCAAUGAAAAGAUGAGACAACUGAACAGCUAAUCCUCAGCAACAAAUAAUAAUAGAAACAGAAAGCCUACAAACAGUUUAUGUUUGUAGGCUUUCUGACAAACCUUAGAAACUCACUGCUUAUAGCUGAUACCAAAGAAGAAAACAAAUAUCUGCUGGUACAUGUUCAGCACUUACAGUGAGCUUUAGCACCAGUGAUCAAACCUGAUGAUUAUAGCAAGAAUACAGACAGGCAAAGCACAUCUGAAGUGGAAAUCAUCAUAUAUUCUGAGGAAAGGCUGCCUGACUUCUUAGCAGUAUGUUCUCAUCAGACACUUAUGACAAAAUCUCUCAACUACAUCAGGUGUUCUUCUGAAACACUGGAACUCAUGUACAUGUAGCCAACAACAAGGCCAGAAAGAGUGAUGCAUGUGUACAUUCACACAGCUACAUUAGAAGUGAAAGUGAAGUGUCUGAUAUGUGGUUUUCUUUCUAGUGGCUUUUACUAGUCUCUUCUUUUAAACACAGUGAAGUCAGCAGCUGGUUCUUUGACUUGUUAGCUGGCUAACUAGCCAGCAGGCUAAUGGAACCAUGCAAAUGAGGAUAACACAAAGCUCUAUCCACUAGUAACAAACACUGUGUCUGUAAACUAAUAUUAUAUAGACAUAUGUUAUAGGGGUCAGAUUAACAGUCAAAGCCAAAAUGGGCUGUCAGACAUAUUGCCCUCUCUCACAUGUGGCCCCAAACCAGUCAGACCAGCUUGCCAGAAGCCAACCAGUAUUACACUGGAAUACUACCCUGCCCCGUGUUUACUGUGUGUCAGUUAAUUUGAGAUUGAGUACUUUUGUUUCAGGAUAGGCACCAUCUAAGCAUAAUAUCCACUUAUUAUAGUAAUACAAAAAUAUAUGCUUCAGUGGAGCAUACAACCAAAAAUUAUAAUUUCUCAAAGUAGUUCAUAAUAAUUUGUAUACAGUUUAAUAAUUGGCCUUGUCUGCCUAUUGUAGCAUCAUUUCAGCAGUUUACCAGGCUCUUUUACAAUGGUAGUAUAAGGGGAAGAAACUUUUUCAGGCACAGGGGAUUUUUUAAUGCAGCACAGAGGUUGGUCACUAGGACAGCUGGCAGAAAGGCUUCUUGCCCUGACAUAUAGAGUGCUGAAGGAAUGAGUCCUAAAGCCCAGAAAUAAGUUAGCAUUUUAACACAUCUGGUUCCCUCAAAAUCAAUGGGUUUUUUGAAUGGGUUUUUGGUUAGAGGCCUGAAAUAAGGUCUGUGGUUAAUACAAGCUCAAGACAUUUUUAUAUUUUAUUCUAUAACAUAAUUUAUGUCAAUACCCCACUUUUAAUUUAAAUUUUAAUUUUAACCUUUUGUGUCUAAACUAUUACAAGAAGGGCUUUUGUGGGGUGACCUGAAGACCCAAUGGAAAGGCACAUACCAUGUGGGCGCAUAUGCUCUGAGCAGCUAGUCCCCAGUUUGACUCCCAACCCUUCGCUGCAUGUCAUUGCCCUGCUCUCUUUCCCUAACGCUAACCCUUUGUCUCUCUACUGUCACUAUUGUUAAAGACAUAAAAACCUCAAAUAAGAAGAAUAAAAAGAAGGGCUUUUGUAGAAGAGGUAAGCACACCAAAUCCAAAUUACAAUUUGGAAGUUUAGUGGUGGUGACACUGAAGUUGUGCCACCACGGUGUAGUUCACAUAGGUGUAGCUUUUUUACCUCUGUCAAUUGCAUUUAAGCUUCAAAAAUCAUGAAAGUGGUGGUCAUUUGUGAAGAUUCUCUUGCUGAAUAAAACUUUUAGGUAUCAUAAACUUAAGUUGGUCACAGAUGUAAUUUUAUUCAAAAACCCAUUGACCCAUGAAAAUUCUAACUUAUUUCUGGGUUUUUGAGACUCAUUCCUGCACCUUUCCAUACUUGUAUGUUAUAUUGCAUCCUGGGACAUUAAGUCUUUCAACAGUUAGGAUGAGUUUAUAAUACAAAUCUUGAACACAGUUGUUUUUAGUAUGUUAGCUAGUGUGUGAAUCGCAUGUAUUAUCAACAGCUAUGAUAGGAGAUGAAAACAUCAAAGAAAAUAUUCUUUCCAUGUAUCAUUUAUGAAAUAACCUGUUCCAAGCCACAAACUGCACAGUAACUAAUCAUGUCUAUUCAGUUCUGGUGAGACAGCAAAGGGCUGUACACAGCUCUUGUUUAGGGACCUCCAAUAUGGCCACUAGAAGAGGUAUUACAUCACUGAUAAGUUAUAACACUGCUGACAGCAUUAGUUUAGUUUAGUUUUUCCCUGGUUUCUUUUGCUGGGAUCUCAAUGUAAGUGACCACAUCGUUUUGAUCAUAGAAUAAAUUAUUUGUGGAGUAGGCACAUCAAAAUUUCAAAACAUAAAUGAUUUCAAAAACAAGCUUGUUAGUCAAAAUGACUGAAUGAAAUAUAUUUCUCAUGAUGACAAGAAAAGAACAUUUUAAAAAAUCCUCUUUUACUCUCUGCCUUCCAGAGUGUACAGUAACUUGACAGGUUAAACUGAUGUGAUGGUAAGCAUUGUUCUGGUCCUAAUGCUUUCCUCAUUCAUUAGGGUAAAUAUUGCAACCAACAUUAUUACUCCAUUCUUGUGGUUGUGGUCAGAAAUACUUACAAAAUCUCUGCUGAGGCUGAGUGUGGUAGAGCUGCAGCACAAGAGACAGCAUUAUUUUUUUGAAAAGAUCUUCUGCAGUGCACAGUGACUAAAGCCAGGGCCUACUUGCCAAAAAUAUCAAUGAUGUUUGUUAACAUAAUAAGACAGAAGCACAAAGCUGAUGUGAUGUUGGUGGGGAAAUGCUGCUGACAGAGUCUGGGGAAGAAAUUAAUCCAGAAAGUUCUCAUGUGGCAUUGGAUUCUUAGAGAAAUGACUGUGACAGAAAGGGAUAGAGCACUUCAGUCCUGUAGGCAGCAGGUGAACAGAAAUAAAGCAAGUGACAGCAGGACAUAUGAAAAUAUGUAGUCUGUAGGAAACAGUCAUCAAUCACACAGUGGUUACACUGCAAAUCCAAGUUUGUUUUUUUAAUGCACUUGUGUCUAACAAAGAGCUUCUGCCUCUUUCAUUUUUGUCUGUUUUUCUUUUUCUGCUUUCAUAAAGAUAUAAAAUAUUUUCUUGAUUGUGAGGAGAAAUGGUAAACAGUUUGAAGAUACAUAGGGUUUUAUUUAUUGUGUUUUAUACUCCACCACUUUGUUUGCAAACCCUCUUUAAGAGUCUUCUGAAUGCAGAUACCUCACCAAUCUACCUGUAUAUAGUCAUAGUAAAGUUUGAAUACAAGAUAUACCUCAUAAUUUUUUUUUUAUUGUACAGCCAUUUGAAAUCAAUGUUUUGCUUCAAUAGACCACUGGAUUUUUUUUUUCUUUAUCAUUUUUUGUAUGAUUAUACCAAAGAAGGGAAUAUUUUAUUGACACACAUCUACCUCAUUUGUUAUAGACUGUGCCAACGAGCAUGUCCACAAUCUUAAUUACCAGUGUGUUCAUGGUGUUUCAUAUCCAUGUAUUUGUGUGAAUACAGAUCCUUUUCAGUUAAAGAAAAAAAAAACCCAAUAGAUUAUAUUAGAAAACUAGGCAACAUGUUCAAAGUGCUUUUUAUGUUGGAUGUUGUGCCGGCGCAACAAAACAGCCUUUUGUGGGACACAGUACGGACGCUUGUCAAAACAAAUCCAAUCUGCAUGAAAACAUGAACAUAAAGAUGAAGACAGCGCCUUGCACCAGUGAAUUCAAUCAGAGAUUACACAUUUGUCAUGUCCAUAGUUUGGCAUGUUGGUGUUGGUGUCAGUUUCUGCCAUAAAUGGCAUUUGAUUUAACAGAACUGCAGAUAAAUGAUCAGAACCUGAUGUUUACUAUACUCUGAUUUCACACACAGUACAUUGUGGUAUAGCUGGCUGACCUCACUCCAGAAAUACCAUCAGGCCAAAAUUUCCUCUUUAUACAAAAAAUAUCAUCAGGCAGAUUAAUAUUAAUAUACUAAGCACAUUCAUGUUCCAUAGGGGAUGAAUACUUUCGAUUUUAAUAACACCAUGACCUUUUAUGAAAUGAUGCCCUCAGGACAAACAUUUGUAGCUCCACCACUGAUAAAGCCCUACGAAUAGUCUUGUGUGUGCUUUUUAGAAGUGGCUGUCUUCCUCACUGUGAAGGAUUUUUCAUGCAGAUUGCUCACAGUUCACUUAAUCUAUCUAAAGGUUUAGACUAGUCUCGUUUCACGAUGAUAGUGCAGUGCUCUAGGCUGAUUACUGUUGAUAAAGCUAAUAAUAUAUUGUAGUGACUGUAUGUAUAGAUGGUGAUGUUGACAUUGUACAAACACAAUCGUGCAGCAGAGGACAAUCCUCAGCCAAUAAGAUGAGCUGACUCAUCAGUUGUCAGUUGAGCUGUUGAAGGUGGUUGUGCUUUAUAAUUCUCAUGUUUACUUGAAAUGUGCUCUCUAGCAAUCAGACAUGUCUGCCGGUAGAUACAGCAACAGUCCAAGAAAAAAGUCAGAAGAAAGAAGAAGAAGAAGAAAUCACUUCUUUAUACACUUGGUGUUGCAUCCUUGAAACAGUGAUAUCAUCUUAGUAUUAAUGGACUUGAAUACUAACAGAUGGACUAGACAGACCUCUCAAUCUGGAUAAUCUGGAGUAUUGUUGAGCCAUGGUGGUGUUCAUAUUGUCCUGGCAGAGCGCAGGUCUCCUCAGACCUCAGAUAACUGUAUUACUAUCUGUCUCAGAAACAUACACACGUUUAUCCACAUUUAAUAGAGCUGUGAAGUGGGAAAGUUAUUUUAGUUAAAGUGUAGUUCAGAGUUUUUUGUUUGUCUUUCGUAAAUAAUAAAAAAGUCAGUGUUACAAGCCUGUUGAUGUAAAAAUAGGUGAAGUGUUCUGAAUUUGCCAGCUGCCUGAAAGAAAAACCUCUCAUAGAUUAAAUGGGGUUUGAUGGUUGGGUCAGCAAAGCAUGGGGGAGCAAGCAUGUCUCCAACCAAGAGUCAACAGGUCUUUUUAAUCUUUCUCCAACUCUGACUUUAAUCAGUUCUUUUAACUAUGCUCAUGAUUAUGUAAAACUUGUCGUUUUCAUAAUUGUCAACAGUUUUGGGAGGCACUGGGGCAGGAGGGGUAAGAACAAUACUUAUGUGGAUCAUUUUGGCAGACAAUGACAAAGGACCUAUUUUGCAGUUUAGUUGGACAAAGACCUUGUUGAAUUUGCAGCUCUGACUGGCCUCUUUCCCAUAGCAACAGCAGCAGAGCCCAUGGUUAUCAUAGACUUUAUAUCCAUCUGCCAUACCAAGCUGUCAACAAAGAACAGCCUGACAAAAUUCAAACUGAUGGCCAUACCAUCAACCUGAAGGAUCAUUACUUGUCCAGGACACUCCAGAGCUUAUGUGUUGAAGUUUUCAGCACUACUUCUCCCACUUCACAACUCUAUCAAACUUUCAUAACAAGUGUCACAUGGCUGAUGUCCAGAUCCUAGAGGAUUGUCUUGGGUCCACCCAGUUAAUAUUUGUAAUGAUGAAUUAUAUUUAAGAAUGCCCUUAAUCCAGAACCAUCGCAGCAUGUAUCACAGUACUGGAUCAGAACCCUAGACUUUUCAAUCACUCAGAGGCUGCGAUCAUUGAAAAUCCAAACUUGGUGGGUGGUAGGCAAUCUUCUUUUAAGGUGGAAAAAAACAAGUAUAAUUAAUUUCCACAGAGAAAGGUGUCUUCCAUUACACUUAGUACAAACAAAAGUUCAGUCAGUGAGUGAGGAAGAAAUCUUUGAUUUUAUAUGUAAAUUUAUAUGCAGGUCCUGCGAUGGACUGGCAGUCCCCAUGUCAGCUGGGAUAGGCUUCAGCUUCCCCAUGACCCUUAACGGAUAAAAGGUAUAAAUAAUGCCUUUCUUUGUCAGGAUUCUUAUUGUUUCUUUGCACAUGCCUGAUAUCAUUUUUCCAACUUAGAUACAUUGCCUACCAUCUGGUGACUUUGUAUUUUUAAUAUUCUCACCAUAACAAAUUUUACAAAUUAAUAAUUGACAGUUGAAAUGUACAUGAGAUGGCUAUCUAGGAUUGCCACACAUAGCGUGAUGCCCCUGGAUCAGGGUUCAUUCAGGACCGGACAUUUUCUACUUCCACGAUCCAUCCCUGUCUUGGAUUCUCUAUCUUUAAACACCACACUGGCACAGUGUAUUCCUCAUGACUGUCCCCUCCACAGCCCCUUCUCCUGUACAUACUGCUGAAUGAUGCCAAUCACUGAACAUUUCAGAUGACACAACCGUGAGGCCACAGCAUGGAAUCAUUGGCAUUCUUCUUACCAAAGAGUUUUUCAAGCUGUGACCGUGCUCACUUGAUGUUAGGUCAUAACCAUCAGCAGAGCAGACAAGCAAAGAGAAAACAACAGCUCUGCAUGCAGAAAAAAAUAAAUAAAUGACUUAUGUAAUCAAAUAACAUGUUUACUUUGUACUUUAGCUAGGCUAUUCUGGUAGUUUUUAGACUCUAAUCGCUUUAUUAGCUGUGUAUGAAGCUUUAAAUGUCUCUUUUAUUUCCCUUUUCUUCAUCUUAGAUAUAUCCAGUGCAUUAUGGGAAUGCUGGAUUGUGGUGCUCAGGGGUUAAAAAUAUACCAAAAAAGAGGUGAAAGAGAUUUUCCUGUUUUGCAAUUUGACUUGUAGCAUAUUUAGAAAUAAAAACAUGCUUUUAACUUAAGUAUUUUUUUUUUCUGUGUCGUUCUUGUUAUUGCACUACUGUGAUUCCUAAUAAAA